CGGCUGGGAAGAGAUGCUGAAGAUGGAACCAGUUUGUCUGUUUUGGGGAGGGUUUGUUUUCACUGAGUGAGGCACCUGGAAGGCAUGCGAAGAUGGAACCAGUUUGUUUGCUUUGGGGAGGGUAUGCUUUCUCUGAGUGAGGCAAGGGGUAGGCAGUCCUACAGGAGUACGGAACAGCAUGGACUGCUAACACUGUCACAACUUUGUCACAUCGGUGGUAAAACUCCUCGGUGGCGGAGUAACAAGAAACUGCAUGGUCAAAACAACCCAAUGGAGACUAAGAUUUAGACAGAAGAGCUUUUCAUAAAGGAUCAUGCCUGGUGUCCGCAGCGGGAGGAGGCUCUCUGAUGGGCUGAUGCUGGAGCAAUCAGAGAAAGGACAAUUGGUCGUUUCCAGUGUUGUCGAUGGCUCCUUGGCCAAUCAGGGGCUGAAAGAAGGAGAUGAAAUUGUGGGUGCCACAAUCAACUUUGACCAACUUUCGAAAGACGAUGUGUUGAAAAUACUGAGGUUGAUGGAUGAUAAUGGAUUUGAUGAGAAGGUUCAAGUUCUGACGAAAAAUAAUUUGCGCAAGAGUAUGGGGACCUUGGACAGCAUCAAAGCACCAGAUGAGAUGUUGAAGGAUUCCUAUAACAGACUCAAUGCCAAAAUAAAGAAGUUCAUGAAGGAGGACAGCUCUGGACAACCUACAGCUUCUGGGGAAAGAUGCUCUCCUAACGCGCAGGUACCGAGACCUCUCUGGGCCAAGCCUGAUGUCAGAGGAACAGACUCUACAGUGACUCUCAAUACACCUGGUGGAGAACUUUCGUUGCCUAAUGCCAACAUGAAUACAAGGGAUCUCUUCCUAGCUCAAUUGAAUGGGUCUAUAGAGGCUGAUCCUGAUGUCAAUAUCUCCAAUUUACCUUCAGUAGACCUUAAAGGUUCCAAAAUAGAUCUAGAAUUGCCAAAUUCAGACAUUGGCAUCCCAUCUGGGAAGAUCAAAACACCAGGUCUUGGUAGGGCUGACUUUGCUAUAUCUGGACCAAGAUUUAGGAAUCCAGACCUGGACCUCUCAGUGGAUGAGAUGUGUGUAUCAGAUAUCAGUUUGCCUGACCUCAAUAGUCCAGAUAUUGACAUACCCCCAGGUAAAUUCAAACUAACGAAACCACAUGCAGAACUCAAAGCUUCUGAUUUCGAUGUGAAUGCCCCCUCUGGUAAACUGAAGAUGCCCAAAUUUGAUAAUGAUGUAAAAACACCAAAGCUAAUUCUCAAAGCUCCCAAGAUAAAAGGUGGACUUGAUGCACCUGACUUGGACUUACCCAAAGUCGACCUGAAAUCACCUAAAUUAGAUGUAAACACUCCAGAUAUUGACAUUGAUUCAUCCACAGGGAAAUUGAAAAUGCCCAAAUUGAAAAUGUCAACAUUUGGAAUGAAGGGGCCACAUAUUGACAAAGAUGGAGACAUAGAAGGGCCAGACCUGAACUUGUCAUCUCCCCAACUCAAGGGUUCCAAAGUAGACCUCAACAUUCCAGAUGCUGAUAUUGGCCAUCCAUCAGGAAAAUUCAAAAUGCCAACUUUCAAGAUGCCACAUUUAGGUUCCUCUGGACCAAAGUUUAAGGGGCCUGGCUUUGAUCUUUCAGCCCCCAAGUUUAAAGCUGGGAUUGAUGCCCCUGACAUGGAUUUACCAGACAUGGACCUCAAAGCCCCUAAAUUAGAUGUAAACACUCCAGAUAUUGACAUUGAUUCAUCCACAGGGAAAUUGAAAAUGCCCAAAUUGAAAAUGUCAACAUUUGGAAUGAAGGGGCCACAUAUUGACAAAGAUGGAGACAUAGAAGGGCCAGACCUGAACAUGUCAUCUCCCCAACUCAAGGGUUCCAAAGUAGACCUCAACAUUCCAGAUGCUGAUAUUGGCCAUCCAUCAGGAAAAUUCAAAAUGCCAACUUUCAAGAUGCCACAUUUAGGUUCCUCUGGACCAAAGGUUAAGGGGCCUGGCUUUGAUCUUUCAGCCCCCAAGUUUAAAGCUGGGAUUGAUGCCCCUGACAUGGAUUUACCAGACAUGGACCUCAAAGCCCCUAAAUCAGAUGUAAACACUCCAGAUAUUGACAUUGAUUCAUCCACAGGGAAAUUGAAAAUGCCCAAAUUGAAAAUGUCAACAUUUGGAAUGAAGGGGCCACAUAUUGACAAAGAUGGAGACAUAGAAGGGCCAGACCUGAACUUGUCAUCUCCCCAACUCAAGGGUUCCAAAGUAGACCUCAACAUUCCAGAUGCUGAUAUUGGCCAUCCAUCAGGAAAAUUCAAAAUGCCAACUUUCAAGAUGCCACAUUUAGGUUCCUCUGGACCAAAGGUUAAGGGGCCUGGCUUUGAUCUUUCAGCCCCCAAGUUUAAAGCUGGGAUUGAUGCCCCUGACAUGGAUUUACCAGACAUGGACCUCAAAGCCCCUAAAUCAGAUGUAAACACUCCAGAUAUUGACAUUGAUUCAUCCACAGGGAAAUUGAAAAUGCCCAAAUUGAAAAUGUCAACAUUUGGAAUGAAGGGGCCACAUAUUGACAAAGAUGGAGACAUAGAAGGACCAGACCUGAACUUGUCAUCUCCCCAACUCAAGGGUUCCAAAGUAGACCUCAACAUUCCAGAUGCUGAUAUUGGCCAUCCAUCAGGAAAAUUCAAAAUGCCAACUUUCAAGAUGCCACAUUUAGGUUCCUCUGGACCAAAGGUUAAGGGGCCUGGCUUUGAUCUUUCAGCCCCCAAGUUUAAAGCUGGGAUUGAUGCCCCUGACAUGGAUUUACCAGACAUGGACCUCAAAGCCCCUAAAUUAGAUGUAAACACUCCAGAUAUUGACAUUGAUUCAUCCACAGGGAAAUUGAAAAUGCCCAAAUUGAAAAUGUCAACAUUUGGAAUGAAGGGGCCACAUAUUGACAAAGAUGGAGACAUAGAAGGACCAGACCUGAACUUGUCAUCUCCCCAACUCAAGGGUUCCAAAGUAGACCUCAACAUUCCAGAUGCUGAUAUUGGCCAUCCAUCAGGAAAAUUCAAAAUGCCAACUUUCAAGAUGCCACAUUUAGGUUCCUCUGGACUAAAGGUUAAGGGGCCUGACUUGGAUCUUUCAGCCCCCAAGUUUAAAGCUGGGAUUGAUGCCCCUGACAUGGAUUUACCAGACAUGGACCUCAAAGCCCCUAAAUUAGAUGUAAACACUCCAGAUAUUGACAUUGAUUCACCCACAGGGAAAUUCAAAAUGCCAAAUUUGAAAAUGUCUACAUUUGGAAUGAAGGGGCCACACAUUGACAAAGUUGGAGAUAUAGAGGGACCAGACUUGAACUUGUCAUCUCCCAAACUCAAGGGUUCCAAAGUAGACCUCAACAUUCCAGAUGCUGAUAUUGGCCAUCCAUCGGGGAAAUUCAAAAUGCCAACUUUCAAGAUGCCACAUUUAGGUUCCUCUGGACCAAAGGUUAAGGGGCCUGACUUUGAUCUUUCAGCCCCCAAGUUUAAAGGGGGAAUCAGUCCCCUAGAUCCGAAUCUGCCAGAUCUCAAAGGCCCCAAACUAGGCCUAAAUGCACCAGAUGUAAACUUUAAUAUGCCCUCAGGUAAAAUCAAAGUACCUACAUUGAAGAAACCAAAGGUUGAUCUGAAUGCUCCUGAUCUGGACAUUGAUGGCCCCUCUGGUAAACUGAAAAUGCCCAAAUUUGGGCUGUCUGGUAAAAUUCCAAAAUCCACAAAACUUAAUCUCAAAGCCCCAAAGAUAAAGGGGGGAAUUGAUUCCCCAGACUUGAAUUUACCAGAUGCUGACCUCAAAGCUCCUAAACUAGAUAGAAAUGCCCCCGAUUUUGACAUCAAUGCAUCCUCUGGGAAAUUCAAAAUGCCCAAAUUCAAAAUGUCUAAAUUCAGAGGCCUAAAAAGACCAGAUGUUGACAUUGAUGGAGACUUAGAGGGUGCAGAUAUAGAUAUCAAUGCCCCCACAGCUAACCUCAAAGGUCCCAAAACAGGUCUAAAAAUGCCAGAUUUGAAGAUGCCUGAUGUCAGGCUAUCUGGGCACAAUGUAGAUAAACCUAACUAUGACUUACCUGAUAUUGAUCUCUCAGCCCCAAAGCUAAAGGGGGGCAUCAAUCCCCCAGAUUUGAAACUACCUAAAGGUAAAAUCAAAGGCCUAAAACUAGACCUCAAUGAUCCAGAUUUGGAUGUUCACGCUCCCUCAGGAAAACUGAAAAUGCCCAAAUUUGGACACUCAGGCACUAUGCCAAAAGGACCAAAUCUGGACAUAAAGGCAGGUGCGAAAUCACCAAAGUUCAGUCUAAAUAUGCCAAAGAUAAAAGCUGGGAUUGAUGCCCCUGACAUGGAUUUACCAGACAUGGACCUCAAAGCCUCUAAAUUAGAUGUAAACACUCCAGAUAUUGACAUUGAUUCAGCCACAGGGAAAUUCAAAAUGCCAAAUUUGAAAAUGUCUACAUUUGGAAUGAAGGGGCCACACAUUGACAAAGUUGGAGAUAUAGAGGGACCAGACCUGAACUUGUCAUCUCCCAAACUCAAGGGUCCCAAAGCAGACCUCAUCAUUCCAGAUGCUGAUAUUGGCAGUUCAUCAGGAAAGUUCAAAAUGCCAACUUUCAAGAUGCCAGAUUUAGGUUUCUCUGGACCAAAGGUUAAGGGGACUGACUUGGAUCUUUCAGCCCCCAAGUUGAAAGGGGGAAUCAGUCCCCUAGAUCUGAAUCUGCCAGAUCUCAAAGGCCCCAAACUAGGCCUAAAUGCACCAGAUGUAAACUGUAAUAUGCCCUCAGGUAAAAUCAAAGUACCGACAUUGAAGAAACCAAAGGUUGAUCUGAAUGCUCCUGAUCUGGACAUUGAUGGCCCCUCUGGUAAACUGAAAAUGCCCAAAUUUGGGCUGUCUGAUAAAAUGCCAAAAUCCACAAAACUUAAUCUCAAAGCCCCAACGCUAAAGGGGGGAAUUGAUUCCCCAGACUUGAAUUUACCAGAUGCUGACCUCAAAGCCCCUAAACUAGAUAGAAAUGCCCCCGGUUUUGACAUCAAUGCACCUUCUGGGAAAUUGAAAAUGACCAAAUUGAAAAUGCCUAAAUUCAGAGGCCUAAAGGGACCCGAUGUUGACAUAGAUGGAGACUUAGAGGGCCCAGAUAUAGAUAUCAAUUCCCCCACAGCUAACCUCAAAGGUCCCAAAACAGGUCUAAAAAUGCCUGAUUUGAAGAUGCCUGAUGUCAGGUUAUCUGGCCCUUAUGUAGAUAAACCUAACCAUGACUUAUCUGAUAUUGACUUCUCAGCCCCAAAGCUAAAAGGGGGCAUCAAUCCCGCAGAUUUGAGACUACCUAAGGGUCAUCUCAAAGGGCCCAAAUUAGAUCUCAAUGCUCAAGAUUUUGAUGUUGAUGCUCCAUCUGGUAAACUGAAAAUGCCCAAAUUUGGGCUUUCAAGUACAAUGCCAAAAGGACCAAAUGUGGACAUAAAUGCAGGUGCGAAAUCACCAAAGUUCAGUCUACAAAUGCCAAAGAAUAAAGGUGGGAUUGAUGCCCCUGGUGUGGAUCUACCAGACAUUGACCUCAAAGCCCCUAAAUUAGAUGUAAACACUCCAGAUAUAGACAUUCAUUCACCCACAGGGAAAUUCAAAAUGCCCAAUCUGAAAAUGCCUAAAUUUGGAAUGAAAGGGCCAGAUAUUGAUCUAGAUGGAGAUAUAGAGGGACCAGACUUGAAUUUGUCAUCUCCCAACCUCAAGGGUCCCAAAGCAGCACUCAACAUUCCAGAUGCUGAUAUUGACAGUCCAUCAGGAAAAUUCAAAAUGCCAACUUUCAAGAUGCCAGAUUUAGGUUUAUCUGGACCAAAGUUUAAGGGGCCCGACUUAGAUCUUUCAGCCCCCACGAUUAAAGGGGGAAUUAGUCACCCAGAUUUGGAUCUGCCAGAUGUUGCCCUCAAAGGCCCCAAACUAGACCUCAAUGCACCAGAUGUAAACUUUAAUAUGCCCUCAGGUAAAGUCAAAGUACCUACAUUGAAGAAACCAAAGGUUGAUCUUAAUGCUCCUGAUAUGGACAUCGAUGGCCCCUCUGGUCACCUGAAAAUGCCCACAUUCUUGCUGCCUGGUACAAUGUCAAAAUCCCCAGUCUUGAGGCUCAAAGCUUCAAACAUUAAGGGGGGAAUUGAUGUUCCAGACAUGAAUUUACCAGAUGCUGACCUCAAAGCCACUGAACUAGAUGUGAAUGCCCCAGAUCUUGACAUCAAUGAACCCUCUGGAAAAUUCAAAAUGCCCAAAUAUAAAAUGCUUAAAUUCAGCGACCUAAAGAGACCAGAUGUUGACAUUGUUGGAAACUUAGACGGCCCAGAUAUAGAUAUAAAUUCCCCCACAGCUAACCUCAAAGGUCCCAAAACAUGUCUAAAAAUUCCAGAUUUGAAGAUGCCUGAUUUCGGGCUAUCUGGGCCAAAUGUAGACGAAUCAGCAGUAUCAGAUAUGGACUUCAUGAAAACAAAUGACAUUUCUCCUCCAAAGGCUAAAGUGGAUCUAAAAGCACCAGACUUGAAAGUUAGUCACCCAGAUGUCAGCCUGAGUUUACCCAAAGCUGAUAUCAGAGGCCCAGAAUACAAAGUGUCAUCUCAUAGUAAACGCAGAUCUGAUAUCCCAGGUAGAGCGCAUAUAAAAGAUUUUGAAUGCCAGGUGGAGUAUAUAGAUAAGAAGACUGAUGGAGAAUUCAUCAACCCGUAUGGCAUGACGAGGUACUCAAAAUGCCCUAAGGUGGUACUAAACGCUGUCUUCCACUCGUCUCCCUCUCGGAUACGCACUAGAUUAGUGUCCUGCCUGCUGCCUCGACUCCCAGAGGGACCAACCCGGCACCGACCAGCAGUGUACCCUCUGCGGCCACAGAUGAUGCAUGUGAAGGCCCCUCCUCCGGCCUCCCUACGCGCAGCCCCUCCCAACACCAUGAGCACCGGAGCGGGAGUGCUGGGAGGUGGAACUGACAAAGCCCCCUCAGGACGUCCACGGAUGACCAGCAGGUUUAAGCAGAAUAACUUUUCAUUAAAGGCUGCUGUGAAAACUUUCAGAAGGAUCAUGCCUGGUCACCGUAGGGGAAGGAGCCUCUCUGAGGGGCUGAUGCUGGAGGAAUCAGAAAAGGGAGGAUUGGUCGUUUCCAGCGUUAUCGGUGGCUCCUCUGGCAAUCAGCGUCUCAAAGAAGGAGAUGAAAUUGUGGGUGCCACAAUUAACUUUGACCAACUGUCGAAAGACGAUGUGUUGAAAAUACUGAAGCUGAUGGAUGAUAAUGGAUUUGAUGAGAAGGUUCAAGUUCUGACGAAAAAUAAUUUGAGCAAGAGUAUGGGGACCUUGGACAGCAUCAAAGCACCAGAGGAGAUGCUGAAGGAUUCAUAUAAUAGACUCUACAAUGCCAAAAUAAAUAGGUUCAUGAAGGAUGACAGCCCUGGACAACCUGCAGGUGCUGGGGAAAGAGGCUCCCAUAAUGGACAGGUGAAGGGCAAGGGACCGAGACCUCUCUGGGGCAAACCUAAAUUUAAAGGUGACCUCAAACCCCCUGUCCUCACCAUGGAUUACCCAGUUGUGGAGACACACAAAGUAGAUGCUCCUACCUACCUAGAGUCUCCAGACCUCAAAUUCUCUGCUCCAAAGUUAAAGGUUCCUAAACUUGAUGUCAAAGGAGCGGUACCUGAUGCUCGCGGUGGAGAACUUUCAUUGCCUAAUGCCAACAUUAGUACAUCAGAUCUCUCCCUGUCUCAUUUGAAUGGGUCACUAAACAUUGAUUCUCCAUCAGUUAACCUGGAAAGGCCAUAUCUUGAAACUGAUAUAGAUGCUAUCGAUGCUCCAGAAUUUGAUAUGUCUUUGCCCAAAAAUGACCUCAAAGGCCCUGAUCUUGACCUGAAAGUUAUAGAUCCACUUCCCAAAGUUAGAGGAGAUAUCAAUGUCCCGGAAGCAGAGCUCAGUCUACCAGAGGGGGUUGUCACUGGACCUACUUUAAAUAUCAAUGCCACAAAGCUUGAUAAUGAAAGAACAGGCAAAAAGUUCAAAAUGCCCAAAUUUAAGAUGCCUGGCUUGGGUCUCUCUGGACCCAGUGUAAAUGUACCCAGCCUUGAGGUUGGUACACCAAAUAUGAGGAUCCCAGAUAAAGAUAUGCCAGGAGUUAAUCUUAAAGGUCCCCAACUAGACCUACAAGCACCAGAUGUUAAUCUCAAAGGUCCUAAUCCAGACCUGCAAGCCCCAGAUGUCAGCAUGAUGAAUAUGCCUUCAAGUAAAAUCAGAGUCCGGUCCUCCAAGAAACUGAAAAACCCAAACCUUGAUGUCGAUGAUCCUUCUGGUUAUUUUGAAUUGCCUAAGGUUAGGCUCUCUCGCAGAGUACCAAAAGGGCCAGAUUUAGACAUUGAUUCCGUUUUAAAGACCCAAGAGAUGCAUCUUAAAAACUCUUGGAUUGGUGCUCCUGACCUGAAUGUCCCUGAUGUAGAUUUACCAUCAGUAGACAUUAAAGGUUCCAAAAUAGAUCUAGAGUUGCCAGAUGCAAACAUUGGUAUCCCAUCUGGGAACAUCAAAACACCAAGUCUUGGGAUGCAUGACUUUGAUAUAUCUGGACCAAGAGUUAGGACUCCAGACCUGGACCCCUCAGCGGAUGAGAUGUGUCUAUCAGACGUCUGUUUGCCUGACCUCAGUACUCCAGAUAUCGGCAUAACCUCAGGUAAAUUCAAACUAACAAAACCACAUGCAGAACUCAAAGCUCCUGAUUUCAACGUGGAUGCCCCCUCUGGUAAACUGAAGAUGCCCAAAUUUGGCUUGUCUGGCCUAAAAAGACCAGAUCUGGGCAUUGAUGCUGAUGUAAAAACACCAAAGCUAAGUCUCAAAGCUCCCAAGAUAAAAGGUGGACUUGAUGCACCUGACUUGGACUUACCCAAAGUUGACCUGAAAUCACCUAAAUUAGAUGCAAACACUCCAGAUAUUGACAUUGAUGAACCUUCAGGAAAAUUCAAAGUGCCAACGUUUAAGAUGCCUAAAUGUACCCUUUCGGGCCCUAGAGGGCCAGAGGUUGGCAUUGAUGGAGAGUUGGAUGGACCAGACCUGAGCUUAUCAUCUUCCAAAUUAAAACAGCCAGAUGUGGAUGUUGGUAGUCCAUCUGGAAAAUUCAAGAUGCCAAUAUUUAAAAUGCCAGACUUUGGCUUCUCAGGCCCAGAUGUUCAAGGGCCUGACUUUGAGGUAAAGAAUCCAAACUUGGAUCUUUCAGCCCCCAAGUUUAAAGGGGGAAUUAGUCACCCAGAUUUGGAUCUGACAGAUGUAGACCUCAAAGGCCCCAAAUUAGACCUUAAUGCACCAGAUGUAAACUUUAAUAUGCCCUCAGGUAAAGUCAAAGUACCUACAUUGAAGAAACCAAAGGUUGAUCUGAAUGCUCCUGAUCUGGACGGCCCCUCUGGUCACCUGAAAAUGCCCAAAUUUGGGCUGUCUAGUAAAAUGCCAAAAUCUCCCAAAUUGAAUCUCAACGCUUCAAAGAUUAAGGGGGGGAUUGAUUUUCCAGACCUGAAUUUACCAGAUGCUGACCUCAAAGCCGAUAAACUAGACAUGACUGCUCCAGAUCUUGACAUCAAUGCACCCUCAGGGAAAUUCAAAAUGCCUAAAUUCAGAGGCCUGAAGGGACCAAAUGUUGACAUUAAUGGCGCUAUAGAGGGACCAGAUAUGAACUUGUCAUCUCCCAAACUCAAGGGUCCCAAAGCACACCUCAACAUUCCAGAUGCUGAUAUUGACAGUCCAUCGGGAAAAUUCAAAAUGCCAACUUUCAAGAUGCCACAUUUAGGUUUAUCUGGACCAAAAGUUAAGGGGCCUGACUUGGAUCUUUCAGCCCCCAAGUUGAAAGGGGGAAUUAGUCACCCAGAUUUGGAUCUGCCAGAUGUUGACCUCAAAGGCCCCAAACUAGACCUCAAUGCACCAGAUGUAAACUUUAAUAUGCCCUCAGGUAAAGUCAAAGUACCUACAUUGAAGAAACCAAAGGUUGAUCUUAAUGCUCCUGAUCUGGACAUUGAUGGCCCCUCUGGUCACCUGAAAAUGCCCAAAUUUGGGCUGUCUGGUAAAAUGCCAAAAUCCACAAAACUUAAUCUCAAAGCCCCAACGCUAAAGGGGGGAAUUGAUUCCCCAAACUUGAAUUUACCAGAUGCUGACCUCAAAGCCCCUAAACUAGAUGUGAAUAGCCCAGAUCUUUACAUAAAUGCACCUUCUGGGAAAUUCAAAAUGCCUAAAUUUAAAAUGCCUAAAUUCAGGGGCCUAAACAGACCAGAUGUUGACAUUGAUGGAGACUUAGACGGCCCAGAAAAAGAUAUCAAUGCCCCCACAGCUAAUCUCAAAGGACCCAAAACAGGUCUAAAAAUGCCUGAUUUGAAGAUGCCUGAUUUCGGGCUAUCUGGGCCAAAUGUAGAUGCACCUGAUUAUGACUUACCUGAUAUUGAUCUCUCAGCCCCAAAGCUAAAAGGGGGAAUCAGCCCCCCAGAUUUGAGACUACCUAAGGAUCUUCUCAGAGGGCCCAAACUAGACCUCAAUGUUCCAGAUAUGCCAUCAGGUGAAUUCAGAGUUCCAACCAUAGAGAGGCAAAAUGGUAGCAUCAAAACCCCUGGUUUUGACAUCAGCACUCCUACAUUCAAAAUGCCCGAAAUGCCUAAAUUUAUGUUGUCUAGACCAAAAAGACCGGAUCAAGACAUAAGUGCUGACAUAGGUUUGAAAUUGUCAAAGAUGAAAGGUGGGAUUGGUUCACCGGACCUGGACCUACCUACAGUUGACCUAGAAGCCCCUAAGAUAGAUGUAGACACUCCAGAUAUGAACAUUGAUUCCCCCUCUGGGAAUUUCAAAAUGCCCCACCUCAAAAUGCCUAAAUUCAGCCUUUCUGGUCUGAAUGGUCCAGAUGCUGGAAUAGAUGGAGACAUUGAUGGACCGGACCUGAGCUUGUCAGCCCCGAAAGUAAACACAGGGAUCGGUAGUCCAGAUUUAGACAUAAAUGUUCCCUCUGGAAAUCUCAACGGUCCCCAAGCUGAUCACAAUUUGCCAGACAGUGACAUUGCUAUACAAUCUCGAAAAUUCAAACUGCAAUCCUUUAAAUUGCCUCAGUUUGGAAGUCCCAACCUAAGGGCAGGUACAGAUAUGGACUUUAUGAAAACAAAUGACAUUUCUCCUCCAAAGGCUAAAGUGGAUCUAAAAGCACCAGACUUGAAAGUUAGUCACCCAGAUGUCAGCCUGAGUUUACCCAAAGCUGAUAUCAGAGGCCCAGAAUACAAAGUGUCAUCUCAUAGUAAACGCAGAUCUGAUAUCCCAGGUGGAGCACAUUUAAAAUUGCAAGCGAUGGACAUAGAUACCGAAGAGACACUGCCACACACUGAUAGGAAGUCUAGGAAGGUCAAAGGAAGGGCCAGUUAUCCCAUUGCAGAUAUUGAUUUGCCAAAAGUUGAGUACAAAGCAUCUGGUUUGGAGCUGCGAGGUUCAGACCUUAACGAUCCCACAGGGAAAUUAAAAAUUCCCAAAUCUAAGACUAAAUUGGGUAGUCAUACAAGAAUACCAGACCUUGAUGUAGACUCAAGUCUUGCCAGUAUUAAUGCCUCAGUCCCUAAACUUCCACAGCCAGGGUAUGGAGUAGAAGUUUCACAGACAGAUUUAGAUUUGAGCAGAACUGACCUCAAGGGCAAUAAACAUCUUAGAAAAGCUCCAGCUGGUGAAACUGGCAGAACAAAAAGGAGAAGUCCAAAACAGUCUGAAAUUGUCAUGUCUAUGCCAAAUUGUACUCAUAGUUCAAACCCCAAAAUGUCUGAAGAUCAAGAAGGAUAUUUUGUCACUGCAUUUCCCAAACAUGUCAAAGGGGAUGUACCAGACGGAACUGGGAGCCUGAAAAAUCGGCACAAGGAAGAGUCAAACCGUCGAUCUCAAACACUCAGAAGUCUCGAUUUCAGUGCAUCAAAUGUGGACCUUGAAGUUCCAGAAGAUGAGAACUUAAAAGGGUCAACGUUCUGGCUUUCAAAGCUUAUAUAGCAUUCAGACAACUGACUAAAUGUAAUUUUAGGCUUGUUUGAAUCACAAUCUUCUGUUGAAACAUAAUGCAGAAAACGUCUGUUACGUAUUAAACAAGCAUCAGAUUAUUUUCACAUAUUUGUACUUUUUUUAAUGUAAAUUGUUUGGCAUUUGUUAUGAACAUGUUGAGAACAAAUUUGUAAAGCUUUCUUUUGUCAAGUGAUUUAAAAAAUGUAUGAAAGGUUUAUGUUCUGCUGAUAAGCUAUUUGAAUGGUAUUUUUACUCUACACUUGCUACAUUGUAAUAAAAUAAAAUGGGAUUUAGUAACUU